CAGUGUUGUCGGCAGUAAAUCUUAGCUGGGGGGCACAUGCCCCCCCUACGCAUCCUGUAUGGGUACAGGUCUGAGGUUCUCAAGCUAACCAUUCUCUGUUUUUGUCAGGACAGUAGUGAGGCAGCAGAAGGAGCUGGCACAUGGGAUGAAGAGGUCACCAAGUGGUGGGGGGAAUGGAGCUCCUGGUCCACAUGCUCCCGCACCUGCGGGGGAGGAGUGAUGUCCCGGGAGAGGCACUGCUUGCAACAAAGACUCCAGAUAUCUCAAGGAACAAACAGCACCAUGUGUGUGGGCCAAUCAAAGCAUUAUCAGCUGUGCCAGCAACAGCCCUGCCCAGCCAACACAGCCAGCUUCAAACAACAGCAGUGUUCCAGUUUCAAUGCCAAGGCCUUUGGGAAGCGCUAUUAUAACUGGAUGCCUCUUUAUCCAGAUGAUUACACCAGUAUCUCCAACAAACCAUGUGAUCUGCAGUGCACCACCAGGAAUGGAGAGAGGCAGUUGAUGGCCCAUGCUCAGGAUGGCACAUCUUGUAAGGACAGAACCUACCAAGGGGUCUGCAUCAGUGGAAAAUGUGAGCCAGUUGGGUGCGACGGGAGUCUCUACUCAGCCCAGACGAUGGACAGAUGCAGGGUGUGUGGAGGAGACGGCAGCACUUGCUACCGGGUCUCAGGCAGCUUCCGAAAGGGGAUCUCACAGUUAGGUUAUGUAUUUAUUACAAACAUCCCUGCUGGUGCCAUGGACAUCCUCAUCAUUGAGCGAAGGAAAACUGAAAACAUUCUGGCACUGGCAGAUGAAUAUGGGCACUUCUUCUUCAAUGGGAACUCAGCCAUUGACAAUCCCCAGAACUUCAGGGUUGCUGGCACUGUGUUUAAGUACCGCCGGCCACCCAGCCUGCACUCUGAUGGCCUGGAGUACAUCAUUGCCCAUGGGCCCACCAACCAGUCUCUGAAUGCCAUGUACUAUAACUUUAAUGGGAAAAUGCCUCAUAUCACUUAUGACUAUACUGUGCCACGGACACCAUCACCAGCUUUCCAAACAGCUCCCCCCACCAUAGAGGCACCUCCUUACCUUAAUCCGCCAGAGUCCAGUCAGAAAGAUCAAGUUCUGAUGCCAGCAGAUUCCAGGGCUGCCCAGGACUUCAAUGCCACUUGGAUUUCUCUCUCAUCGGAUGAUGCCAGAGACCAACUCCAACCACAAGAAGAACCCGAAGACAUGAGCUUCAGCAGCGAAGCCUUCUUCCAGACCCUCAGAUUAAAUCAGAUUUCCAUCAGUACAACCAUACCCUUCAGUGUGGUGCGGCCAGAGCUCCCAGAGAGCAGUGGGAUCAGGGCAUCCAGGCUCCAUCUCUUCAGGAGGUUAUGUCACCGGGACCCACAAAACGCUGCCUUUUGCAGGGAACUGCAGCACCUAACUGCCAAGCUGGGGCAGAAGAACGUGACAGCAGGGCUUUGGAGUGAGCUGGAGGAUGGGUGGCAAGAGAGGCGGCACAAGGGACCUGCCCAGAAGAACUCACUGGAGAGUGUGAAGUUAGAGACUUAUGUAGGGAGUCAGGAGGAGGUAGCUAACUACAGCAGAACAGGACCCCUGCAGAACACCCUCUUGGGUUCCAACUCAACCAUUGGGAACAUGCACCAGGCUGAGCCUCUCCAAGCUCCUGAAAGCAAUGACUUUGAGGUGAAUCCCGUGGGCCAAGAUGACAUCAGCCUAGCUGACAUGUACCGGUGGAAGGUCUCUGCCUAUGCCCCCUGCAGCUCCACAUGCACGUCUGCAGGCAUCAGCACCUCUUAUGCCAUGUGUGUACGCUACGAUGGAGUGGAAGUAGAUGACACAAACUGUGAUGCGUUGACCCGCCCAGAACCUACUCAUGAGUUCUGUACAGGGAGAGACUGCCAGCCCAGGUGGGAGACCAGCCGGUGGAGUGAGUGCUCCAGGACCUGCGGGGAAGGCUAUCAGUAUCGGACUGUGCGCUGCUGGAAGAUGCUGGCUCCAGGCUUUGACAGCUCUGUGUACGAUGAGCUGUGCGAGUCAGCGGGCCUGACCAGGCCAAUGGAAAAGAAAGCAUGCAAGAACAAGGCCUGUGGGCCCCAAUGGGAGCUCUCUGAGUGGUCUGAGUGUUCUGCUCGGUGUGGCAGUCAGGGGAUGAUGAAGAGGGAGGUCCGAUGCUCGGUGGAGGCACCCCUCUGUGAUGAAUCCAAGAAACCUACCAGUGAGAAGGAGUGCAUGGGCCCACCCUGUGACCGACACUGGACCACCUCAGACUGGGGACCGUGCUCAGGACUGUGCGGUGAGGGGCGAAUGAGCCGUUUCGUUGUGUGCCGCAACCUGGAGGGGAAAGUGAUCUCAGACUCACAGUGUGACUCUGUAGCCAAACCUCUGACUGUCCACCCCUGUGGAGACAAGAAUUGCCCUGCCCACUGGGUGGAGCAAGAAUGGGACCAGUGUGAUGCCAGCUGUGGCCGUGGGAUGAAGACUCGGAGUGUACUCUGCGCCGGCCUGGAGAAUGGUGUGUAUAGGGAAUAUCCUGAAAUGCGCUGUGAUACCUCCCAGAAACCUGAGGUACAGGCAGCCUGUUUCAAGAGACCUUGCUCUACAUGGUUCACCACAUCUUGGUCUCAGUGCAGUAAGACCUGUGGUGCUGGCAUGCGGCUCCGUGAGGUAAAGUGUUAUCAGGGAGAAGCCCUGGGCCAGGGCUGUGAACUGGGAUCCAAACCUGAAGCCAGACAAGCUUGCCAGCUCCAGCCAUGCCCCACAGAGGCACCAGAAGAAGACUGUGAAGACAAAGCAACAGCCAACUGCAUGCUGGUGCUGAAGGUGAAGCUGUGCUCACACUGGUACUACAGGAAGGCUUGCUGCCGGUCAUGCAGGAGCCGCUUGCCCUGACUGCUGCCUGACCACGCUUCCCUUUUGAGACCAAGGGGCAAGAUUCCCCCUAGACAAAGACUCCACAAAAAGCCUUUUCUCUGUGAAAGAAGCCAUUGGCUUAGUCACUGAGCCGAUCCUUGUAGAACAGCCUACUCGGAAGGAUUUCUAGGACACAUGUAGCAACCACAGUCCCUUCUUGACUAAUACAACUUACCCGACCCUUUAAAGAGAGAUCAUCCUGUCCCACAAAGCAACCAGAAUCAUAGUAAUGGGGGAAGUUUAUCUCUGCUAUCAGUCAUCAAUGAGGAGCGCUUCCUUUUCCCCACCACUCCAGUGAUUUCAUAUCAUUUCUCCCAGCUGAGUCCAUGUCCAGCACCUCAGGGAUACAAGCAAAAAGUUCUAGCAGAACACAGGUGGGCACGGGUGUCCCAACCAGCAGCAGUAGCACAGAUGGCAGCAACACCAUCUGCACUCAGCAUUCCUCUAUCCACCAGGUAUCUUCAAGCAGAAUCAUUCUAUGUCACAAUAAAGAGCUAAACAAAUA